AUGCCUCCUCUCUACAUACUACUCGGGCUUCUCCUCUUACACACUCCUGCUUGGUGCUCCUCUGCAGCUGCCACCGAAGACACUCUCACGGUGGGCCAAUCGCUCGGCGUUGGUGACAAGCUCGUCUCAAGAAACGGCAAGUUCGCCCUUGGCUUCUUCCAUCCAGCAGCAAGCAGCAUCAGUAAGUCGUCCCGCAAUGCCACCUCCCCCACCUUCAGCUGGUACCUUGGCAUAUGGUUCAAUAAGAUCCCAGUUUUCACUACUGUGUGGGUUGCUAAUAGAGAGGAGCCCAUCACCCACCACAACCUCAACCUGACACAGCUCAAGAUCUCAAGCGAUGGCAAUCUUGUCAUCGUAAACCAUGUUGCCAAAACUCAAUCCAUUGUUUGGUCCACUCACAUUGUCAAGAGGAAUUCCAGUAGCAUAAACACCACAACCUCUAUAACCGUUGUUCUCUUGAACAGUGGUAACCUUGCCCUACUCGCAAAUAGCCCAGACAUGUUGUGGCAGAGCUUCGACUACCCAACAGAUGUUGCGCUUCCUGGUGCCAAGUUGGGCCGGAACAAGGUCCCAGGUUUCAUUCGUCAGUACAUAUCAAAGAAAAGCCUCAUUGAUCAGGGUCUAGGCUCAUACAGCAUUGAACUAAACAGCGCCGGGAUCGUCCUCAAGCACCGCAACCCCUCGGUAGUGUACUGGCUUUGGACAUCCUCGAGGACAUCAUCAUUAAAUCUUGUACAAUUAAUCAAGACCACGUUAGAUUUGGAUCCCGGGACAAGAGGGAACAAGUUCAAGCGGUAUGGUUUUUCUAUAUACCACAAUCCAGGUAGUGCUGGUGGAAUUGUAGCAUUCAGAUACACUGACUUGGUUCGUGCUACUAAAAGCUUCUCGGAAAAGCUUGGAGGAGGUGGUUUUGGUUCUGUAUACAAGGGGAUGUUAAGUGACUCAGCGACUACUAUAGCAGUGAAAAGGCUAGAUGGUGCCCGUCAAGGAGAGAAGCAAUUCAGGGCCGAGGUGAGCUCAAUUGGACUGAUCCAACACAUAAACCUAGUAAAAUUGAUUGGUUUCUGCUGCGAAGGUGAUCACAGAUUACUUGUGUAUGAACACAUGUUAAGUGGGUCUCUUAAUGGUCAUCUAUUUAAGAAGAGCAAUACAAAUGUUGUCGUCCUAAAUUGGAACAUCAGAUAUCAGAUAUCCAUAGGAGUUGCUAGAGGAUUAUCCUACUUGCAUCAGGGCUGUCGCGAGUGCAUCAUACACUGCGAUAUUAAGCCAGAGAACAUACUUCUGGAUGCAUUAUUUGUUCCUAAAGUUGCAGACUUUGGGUUGGCAGCCUUUGUGGGAAGGGAUUUCAGCCGAAUUCUCACUUCAUUUAGAGGAACUGCAGGUUAUCUUGCCCCAGAGUGGCUUACCGGAGUGGCGAUCACACCGAAAGUCGAUGUUUAUAGCUUCGGCAUGGUGCUGUUGGAAAUCAUAUCAGGAAGGAGGAAUUCCUCAUCUGAAACAUCGUACAACACUAGCAGCAGCAACAGUAACCAGGAUAUUGAAUAUUUCCCUGUGGAAGCCAUCAGUAAGCUUCAUGGUGGAGAUUUGAAGAGUUUGGUGGAUCCACAGUUACAUGGUGAUUUCAAUUUGGAAGAGAUUGAAAGGGUCUGCAAAGUUGCAUGUUGGUGCAUCCAAGAUAAUGAGUUGGAUCGGCCGACAAUGGGUGAAGUAGUCCGGGUUCUCGAGGGUCAACAGGAUAUUGUUGUGCCCCCAAUGCCAAGAUUGCUUGCAGCUAUAACAGAGCAAUCUGGUGCUGCAACUUCAGUGUGA